CUGUACGAUAGCACAGCAGACUACAAAAUAGAGAUGGACAUCACCAACAAGAAGAAGUUCCAAGUGAAAUCAGUGAUGAAGAAGUUACGCAAGAAACUAGUCAAUACCACCGAGUUAGUGGACGUAAAGCUCGAAUUUAAUGACACGUACGAAGGUGCAGCAUUUCCAGCAGAGAUGACUCCGGAGAUGCCCGUGAAUAUCUAUCGUACAGGCCUUUGCAGAACCUUGGGGGAGUACGUUGGACGAAGGCGCAUGGAAUUGGGACCCGAUGCGUUCUUGUAUCAUUUGACGAACAAGACGUUUGAGAACACACGGUUAUGUGAUAGCAAGGGGUUGUGCCCUCAAGGAGUGUUUGACCUCUCAAGUUGUUUUAUGGUGAGUUUACCAAUAGCAUUAACAAAAUCACAUUUAUUGGAUGUAGAUCCUGAAUUCCAGAAACGUGUCGAAGGAUUAAACCCUGACAGGGAGAAACACGACAGCUAUAUCCUGAUAGAACCUCGAAUCGGGUUGACAGUGGAAACCUCCCUAUCCAUCCAACUAAACCUGCUGCUAGGUGACCUACGGUACAUGUCUGACCUCGCCAAGUUCUCAGACAUGCUGCUGCCGCAAGUGAGUUUAAAAUUGACGCUCCCUGAACUGCCAGCAGCUACAAAAAACUCCCUAACUCUGCUAUACGUGACGGGACCUCAGAUAUUAUUAGGUUUAGAAAUAGCAUCGGCCCUGCUCAGCCUCGCCCUCCUAGUGUACUCACUGGCACUCCUGAGACGCGACUGGAGUAGACGGAGAGAUCCCGCGAGGAAUUUCGAUGAUAGACUGAAGGGCAAGGCGAGCGCGGAGUUACCGCUUAUUAGUUGACAUACGACUGGUGAUAUUAAAUAAAUUUUAGGUUUA